AUGUGUGACUACCGCGCCCUAUCCCAUGAGGCGAACAUGAUCUCUCAGAAUGUUGUACCGCAUCCGCACCUCAAUGAAGGCUUUGGAAAUUCGAAUUUCUUUGGAACUGUAGGUGACCAAUCAAUGAACGAUGUCAGUGGAACGGUACAUGGUCAAGUUGAUGUACCAAUGACCAACGGCACUGAUCACGAGCCUGUUGUGUUUGAUGACAAAGAUCGAACUUUUCAAAUCCAGUUCAACGUGUGGCAGAAGGUUCCCCCUCCUGAGAUUCGAGUCCAAGCAAAAAAAUCGAAGAGCAAGCCCAACAAGCCUGCUGCCCCGUUGAAACCCUAUGUUCCUCAAUGGGUGAAUUACCGUCCUCCCCGACCUGCGAAGAAAGAGCUUCAAUUGUCGUUUUAUUCCACUUUCGGUUGGCACCUGUUCAAACGCAGGCUUUUGGAAGCCUGUAAUCUGGUUAAGCCUGGUAUAUCAAGGCCUCUCAUGGAGGCGGUUGCGGAUGGCGAGGCUUUCUGUGAGGGUUGGAUUCACGGAGCUCCUCGUUUUAAGGUCAAGGAUCACUUUUAG